CCCAUUGGUUGGCAUCUUGCGUACAAAGCUUUGAGUCCUAGCCCGCGGCUGGCCUCUCAGGAAAACGUUUGCCAAGCUCUGAACGGCCGAGACGGACACCCCGGGGCUGCAGGCUUAGAUGGGCGGCUGGGACAGAAGGGUGACAUUGGAGAGCCAGGGCCGUCUGGAAGAAGCAUUGGGUUGCGGGGGCCCAAAGGCGACCCUGGAGAGCCUGGCAUACCGGGAACUCCAGGGAACCAAGGCUACAGAGGUCCAGACGGGGCCCAGGGCCCUCCAGGGGAAGAAGGAGACCAAGGGCUGAAGGGACAAGUCGCCAAUGUGAUGCACCAGGCCAGGGCCGCCUUCUCAGCCUCUCGGCAGAGCCCGGAAGCAAACGGCAACGUCGUGGUCUUUGACCACAUCAUCACCAACCAGGACAACGGCUACAGCGGACAGAGGGGCAUCUUCACCUGCAAGGACCCUGGAUACUAUUACUUCUCCUUCCAGGUGGUUUCCGCCGGCAACCUCUGCCUCGCCUUGGUGCACAAAGACACCAAAGUGGCCACGUUCUGUGACGACAACAGCGACGGCCUCCCACAGGUCAACUCAGGGGGCAGCGUCCUGAAUCUGUCCGCAGGGGAUACUGUCUGGCUGGAGAGCGAUCCGGGAACGGGGAACAGGGUUUAUGAAGGCCUCGAGGCCGACAGUGUGUUCAGCGGCUUCCUGCUCUUCCCAGCAUCGGUCUGAGGGGUAUGCCCCAGCCCCGGUCCCAAACAUCCUCUCUGCAGCUCUCUCUUCUAGCAAGGAUACCCCUCAAAGGGGGUACUUCCCUCACGGAAGCACAUAAAUGCGCGUGAACGCUUCCCCAACUUCCACAUUUAUGCCGGUUUUGCAUAUAUAUUUUUUGGUAGCUUUCAGUAAGCAAUAAAUAAAAAUUUUCCUCAGAA